UCGUUAGUGCACGUUAACGCGAUACCCGCCGACGAUCUAUGCACUCGACAACGACUCGGGUCCCGACGCGCUAAUAAGACAGUUGAAGAAAAACGAGAAGAUUUUAAUCUUGGCGAGUGGCUUGUGCUCGCGUUAUUUCACCCGCCGUGCUAUUUGUCGGUGGAAGAAAUUCAUUAAGGCGACUUCGUUCAUCAUUAUUCUGCACGUCGCCGCGACGAGUCGCAUCGGCGACGAAUUAGCGCGGACGGUGGUGCAAAACGUGCAAAAACGAACGGGGUGCCAGGGUGCUGUCAUGUCGCGCCGCAUUUCUCCUCUGUACCCGCGAUCUCGAAAUUCCUCGUCAUGAACAUCCUAAUGUACAUUGUCCGAAGCGAAUACGGGAGAUCGCCGGGGGAGACCGCGAAACAAAAUGCCGUAAUGGCAAGUACGGACAUCGAUUUUGUCGGCCAGGAUACGACAAGAACUCUCAACGAUCGGAAUGCGAUCCCUUACGAAAUUAGUAACAACGAAAGCUACAUAAACAACGAAACUCUACUUUACAACGUAUCGUUGAACGAAGAUUACAUCUUCGACAGGACCGAUGUGAAAGUAAUCUUCAUCACUUUAUACACCAUCGUAUUCGUUUGCUGUUUCUUUGGCAACCUCAUGGUGAUCUUCGUGGUAACGUUUUCCCGUCGGUUGCGUAGCAUCACAAAUUUCUUCCUGGCAAACCUGGCGGUCGCGGACUUUUGCGUUGGCAUAUUCUGCGUUUACCAGACGCUCACUAAUUACUUGAUGAAUAGCUGGCAACUGGGUGACUUUCUCUGUAAAGUGUACAUGUUUGUGCACGCGCUCUCGUACACUGCCAGCAUACUGAUCCUUGUGGUGGUGUGCACCGAGCGUUAUCUGGCCAUCGUCCAUCCUAUCAAAUGUCGAGCCAUGCUAACUAGAAGACGCCUCAGAAUGGUAAUAGGCGUGGUAUGGAUUUUAGCAGCGGUGUACGCCUCGCCGAGAUUUUACGUUGAGACCAUCAGCAAUCGUCUCAACAACGGUGACAUCGACAUCAUUUGUAUAGCUAAUAUCAAGAAGCACAACAAGAACGUUCUGGAUGUAGUGAACCUCGUCUUCCUCUAUCUCCUGCCGCUCUUUCUGAUGUGCUGUCUAUACACCAGGAUCGCCAUAGGCCUCUGGAGAAGCAGCGCGACCUUCGGAGGACCCGGUCUGGUCGCCAGGACCAGAAAUGGUAGAGUCCAGCACGUACACACGUCCAGCAGAAACGUAUUGAAGGCGCGACGCGGCGUUAUCAGAAUGUUGAUCGCGGUGGUGAUGAUGUUCGCCGUGUGCAACCUGCCUCAGCAGGCGCGCAUCGUCUGGCGACACUGGGGCCCGAACUACGAUCGCACGUCGGACUUCAGCACGCUGCUGACCGUGUCGACCUUCCUCAUCUCGUAUAUGAACUCCUGCCUGAACCCGCUGCUGUACGCCUUCCUGUCGCGCAACUUUCGCAAGGGUAUGCGCGAGCUGCUGCACUGCGGGGGGGCGAGAAACAGCGACGGUGCACUAGCGAUGGUGUGCGCCAGCGGUGACCACAACCGCCACGAGAACGGCGUCAGCGUCCAUCAGAGCUCGGUCGUCCGAAGCUCCAUUCAGGACAGCCCGUCCACCCGACGGACCGUCACCCGACAAACCAUCACCAGGCAGACCAUCACCCGGCAGAGCAUUUACGGCAAGAAAACUUAGUGUAUCAUCGCCGUCGACGCGAGUAGAUCGCGAGGCGAUUCUUUACAGGGUAUUCCAGAUCCAGGAGCUGGCAGAAUCCUUCUCAGGGAGGUGCGCGAACGCCUGCGGAAUCUUUUUCAAGCGAUCUGUUUUGACCUGCAACUUACUUAUUUUAACGAAAGCGCGAAAUGGAUGAAGCGACGAAGCGUCGCGUUGGGCGACGGGAGACCUACUUAUCCGUCUCGUGAAUUCGAAUUAAUCGAAAGAUUCGCGGAAUAAGGGCGAAAUCUGUAUACGAAUAAGUCAACAAGUCGAGAAUGAAUAUUUCGUGGCGAGAAAAUCCCUUCUUUUUUUUUUUUUUAAAUUAUUCCUUUUUCGGUGUUUGAAAGAUUUCUAUUCCGUAUCGAGGAACUCGCGUUCAAAGUACUCGUAAAAUUUUUCGAACACCAAAAUGAGACUUUUCGAGUCUCGAUUAUAAUAAAAUAGACUCUACAUGAAAUUCUGGUUUACUUUGAAAAUCAGUUCCUCGAGCCUCGAAUCGCAAAUCGUAUUAUCUCAAAGGACGCAGGACUCGCAGCUCAAUUUCUUACUGAUACGUGACGCCAUAAUCUAAUAAUAUCGGCCCACAUACAGUCGCAGAAAUUGCCGCGUUUCGGGAACAACUAUACCUCGAUAGUGAUAGUUUUCAUCGCACAAGAGAGAGAGAGAGAGAGAGAGAGAGGAGGGGAGGGGGUAAGAGGGUGAGAAGGAGGAAGGAGAUUCGGUUGCGAUCAGAUGGUGUCAGUGGCAUACAAGUUUGUCGGGGUGAAUGCAACGUGUGGGUGUGUGUACACAAAGCUGAGUACGGUGAGCUUAAUCGGAGCUUAUUCAGAGCGUAUUACAUACUCCUAUUUCUUGCUCCCCUCGGCGCAAACAAUACAGACUGAAACUGUUGUGAGUUUUGUCUGUAUUCGCUCGGUUUGGCUUUACUACGCAAGAUGCCAAGAAGAAAUUACGUUAUGCGACCAAAGUACGAUCGCCGCAUUUACGGUUACACAUUACGUCACAGUUACAUAUUGACGUUUUAUUUACAGAUUCGAUUGUAUCGUAGAAUUUUUGAUAAGAAUUAUAUCUUUCUCCACUAAUUUUACGCUUACGUAUCACACUGACGUAAUUCUUACGCAUCAAAAUCGUGUUUUGACUUGAUUUAUCUCUUAAUCUCAAGUGAGAAGUCGUCAUUUUCCAUCAUAAAUUACUUUUCCAAGAAGAAGUUUGCUUGAGCUAGUGCUAAUGCUUGCACUAGUACUACUUUAAUAAAUUGGCAACCGUACUUACUAUAAAAUUCACAUUUGUUAAAAGUGUGUAG